AUGGGUAGCUCUACCUUCACGUGUCCUUACACCAGGUCUUGCCGCGCCUCCACCGUACGUAAGAGCGUAUCUCCUGUUGCAGCAGCAAUAUGCCUAGAGGCACUCUUCCAGGUGGUGAGCCAGUCAGUGGACGAGGACUUCACGCCUAAUAUAGAGGCGUCGUGCAAGGCCGGCUACAUGAUCAUCAAUGUCUACGUCAAGAACCACGAGUAUAGAGGUGCGGUGCACUCGCGGGACUUCCGCAAGCCGGAAUGUAUGGUCAUUGGUGACGGCUCCAACCACGUUACACUACGACUGCCGCUUAUUACUGACAAGGAUGAUCCAUCAUACUGUGGCGUCAGAGUCAAUAAGACGAGCAAGGAGAAGUAUGUACCUGUGGCUGUGAGGAUCCACGAGACACUUGAGUUAGCCGAUGACAAGUUCUAUGUCAUCAAGUGUGGCUUACAGGGAUUCUUCAACAGCAGGAAUGAGUCGAGUUUCGUCAACCUGCAACUGCUCGACCCAGCAAAGAAGAAGAUCAAAGAAGCUGUCUUUGACAGGAAGUAUAUACUUCGAGCAGACAUCUCCAGACCAGACAAGGCUCACUCAAUGCGUGUCAAGAACUGCUUCAGUUUCGGAGAACCAAACUACACUGUCCCUCUCACAGACGACCGUGGGUGUCCUGAAGGAAACCUCAUUACGCCGUUUGUAUACAAUGAGACGGCUGGGACAGCCGAGGCUGUGCUCAACAGAAUGUUUCGCUUCCCUACCUCAAACAGAGUUCACUUCCAGUGCGAUGUGCUCAUCUGCAGAGGUCCGUGUGACAGCGAGCGGUGUGAGGGUCACCCUGAACGACUGACAGUGGUGCAAGGUCGAGCUCUGCCUGACUCUGACGCCAACAGCGUAGAGGAGAAAUCAGGCAGAGUGCAAGCAACAACCACCGUCUAUGUUGUGGAGCCCACGUCUGCAGGUAAGACAGGGAGAGCGGGAGGGAAGGAAAGUGGAAGAAAUGAAUUGAGAGAUGGAGAAAAGGAUGAAGCAAGGUAAGUUUUGGGUACCCUG